AUGAAGUUGUUUUGGGUCAUGCUUUGCGUGACGAUGGCGUCACGCCAAUCGAUGGGAUCACCGGUCAAGAGGAACUCUGAGCCUGAAAUGGAGAUUGCAAACAAGUUCGAAGAGGAAGGUGGCAAUUUUGAGGGUGAUAUUGAGCUAACGAGUGAUCAAGAAAAAGCCGUUAAAUAUGGCUACACAGCUAUUAUCGGAGAGUCAUACAAGUGGCCUAACAACAUUGUACCGUACACGAUCGAUACCUCAGCUUUUAGUAUCAGCCAGCAGAACAGCAUUCUAUCUGCUAUCCAGCAGAUCGAGCUUGUAAGUUGUGUACGGUUUAAGCCUCGAACGACAGAAACGGAUUACGUAAGAGUAAUGGGAGACUAUACUGGCUGCUGGGCUAGUUUGGGUCACCGAGGUGGACAGCAAACAGUGAACCUGCAACCGAACGGCUGCAUGUCCCGUGGUACAAUUAUCCACGAGUUCCUCCAUGCGCUUGGGUUCGUGCACAUGCAGAGUGCUUCCGAUCGCGACUUCUAUGUAACGAUCAACUGGAGUGCAAUGCAGGCAGACAAGGCAUCUAACUUCGAACGGUACAGCUCGAACGUGGUAGAAGACUUUGGCAUUCCGUACGACUAUGACAGCGUUAUGCACUACGGACCGACCGCAUUCACCUACAGUGGACAGCCUACGAUCGUUCCCAAACAGUCCGGAGUUACGAUCGGACAGCGCGUCGGCCUAAGCUAUAAGGAUAUCAAACGACUUAACUAUUUCUAUCCGAACUGCUACUAA